AUGUUACCAUUUCAGAAAGACUUGAUAUGGGCAAUAUUAGUAGAGAACAGCCGUACCGUUUCGCGAUUUGCUUAUAUCUGCUACCUUGACAACCCACUAUUGCCUCACCUUUGUCCAAAAGAUAUUUUCUGCUUAUUAAAUGCAUAUAUAUUUACAUCAAUGCAAAGCUAUACUUUUGAGCAAGCCUUAUGGUUGGAAUUUUUUUCAACAACCAUUUGCUUAUCAAAAAAUUUUAACAAGAAUUUACAGGCAGUGCCUUAUUGUUCACGCCCACCUUUGUUAUUAGCUUGGUCGGCUAUCUUGUGGAAAGCAAAUGACGACGGUUUCAGAGAAAUCCAUUUCGCCAGUAUUAUUUCUACUAUUGAUAGACACACAGAAUGGCCACCACGGUUCCCUCAUCUCCAUUACUGUCCUAAAAUAGGACAAAAAUACAGAUCCAGUAGGAUUUUCAAACGUGAAUUAGUGACAUGGCGUCCAAAUAUUUUCUCAGUUGAACGCAAAUUCGCUAACUGGCGCGGAUUUUACGUGGUCUUCAAAAGCAUACUGUUUUUCUGUGGGAAUUUCAAACAUAUUUUAUGGAUGAAUAAACUAGCAUUUUUUUUUGAUAAAAUCGGAAGUACAAAGCUCUAUAAAGUAAAAUUUUUAGGCAGGCGAUCAUAA